CAGGACACGCCGCCGGAAGAGUCCAUACAGACGAGCUUGCUAAAAUACAAUAACUUUCAAAUUCAAGUGUCUCCGACUCGACUCCGAGGAUUUUAUCGUGUCCUUUGUGCACCGACAGUACCUGCACGACGAUGAGCAGCUAUGGUAGAGGGCCUCCCAGCAUCGAUGGGAUGGUGUCGCUGAAAGUAGAUAAUUUAACUUACAGAACCACCCCAGAAGAUUUGCGGCGUGCGUUCGAAAAGUAUGGCGACGUUGGAGAUGUGUACAUUCCUCGGGAUAGAUUUACCAGAGAAAGCAGAGGAUUUGCUUUUGUUCGUUUUUAUGACAAGCGAGAUGCUGAAGAUGCAAUGGAUUCUAUGGAUGGUGCACUCUUAGAUGGAAGAGAAGUCCGAUGUCAAAUGGCACGUUAUGGAAGACCCUCAGAGCCUCACAGACGUGGGCCUCCCAGACGCGGUAGCUACGGAAGGCGGGGACGUUCCAGGUCCCGUUCACCAAGAAGGAGGCGUAGAUCCAGGAGCAGGUCCGGCAGUCGCUCACAAAGUCGUUCUCAAAGCCGCUCUCGCAGUCGGAGUCGUGGAAGGAAUGCCUCCAGGAGCAGAUCUCGGUCCUAUGAGCAGAAUGGAGCAGAAGCCUCAGAUUGACUUCCACAGUUGCAGCAGUGAAGCCUUCUAAUCUCUCAAUGGGGAGACAGCCUUGCCCAUGCAUCUGCCCUGCUGAAAAAGGUGCUUGUCCCAAGCUGUUUGCCUAUUGAUUGGUUGAAGUGGCCUCUCUGGUCUUUGUAAAUAUUUCAUGAACAUUUGUCCUACUUCCCCAAACUUUUUUUUUUUUUUUUUUUUUUUUCCCCCCUCGUAUUAUGUGUUGUUUUUGUUCUUACAAGUUGUGUUAAAUUCAGGUAAAUGGUUGCCCACAUUUUAUACACCACCAUGUUAUGUUUGUCUACAGUAUUUGAUUACCAGUUUUGUAGUUUUUUUUGGUGUUUUAUGUCAUGUUUAUUUUUUUAGUAUAUAUUUUUUUUUUUCCAUGAUUAUUGUCACCCAUCUAUGAUCAACCAGGACAGAUCAUUUGUCAUGCUUCACAUAAGAAAUUCAGGAUCCAUUCUUAAUGUUUGUUUCUUUUUAUUUCCCCCAAUUGUAGGAGCAGUAAAUGCGGGUUAAUUAGUUGCUGUGGCAGUCAUGGUGCAGUGCUGGUUCGCUGUUACUGUUGCUGCGGUGUUGCGGGUGAUAGCUGUUGCUGUCGGGCUAGCAGUAAAGGGUUGCAGUAUGCAGUGGCUGUUGCGGUGGGGUGGAGUUGAGAAUGCUGGAGGAGAGCGAGCAGGUGUUGCUGUUAAUGCGUGGCCCAGCGACCAGAAAUUGCUGUCGGUGCCGUAUCCAGCCUGCUGUGGCCAGGAAAUGGUGGUGCAUCAUCUCAUCGUUUCAUACAUGUGUCUACUCAUUCAUUUUAUUCACACAUCAGUCAAAAAAUUUUAAAACAUUUUAACCCAUUUUUUCCUCUUUCUUCCCCACAAACAUUAAUUCAUUCUCUUUUUUCUCUCUCUCUCUUUCUCUCUCUCUCUCUCUCUCUCUCUCUCUCUCUCUCUCUCUCUCAAGGUUAAAUCUUUCGAUCCAUCGUUUGGUGUUUUUUUUACCGUAAAAUUGGUCAUGAAAUAAACGUCCCAUACGGCAACUACAUUUUAAUGAAGUAAUUAUCAGACAGAUGAGAGUAAAUAUUUUAGACUGACUUUAUUUAGUGUGUUUUAAAAAAGUGUUGUUCUCACUUCAAUGUCCACGCCCAUUAUAAGUUCCCAAGUUUAAUCGGUUUAUAGUUGGAUGUGAAAUGAAUUUGUCAACGUUAUUUUUCUAGUUAAUGUACUGUAGUCUCCACCUAAACUCACUGUGCUCUGGAGCAUUCCUAGGCGUGUCGAUAUAAUAUGGGUACAUAACACUUUGAAUGAGGGGUAGAGGGAAAAUACAACAAAAAGACCUUCUCACUGUCAUGUCUGGAACAGAUAGGAAGAAACUGUGAUAGUCAAGAGAAGAACGCUCAGCCACGCGGCCUUAACGACCACUUCAGACUACCUGUCGUCUAUUGCAACUCAGUUAGCUUAUGGUGACAUCGUAAUCAUACACUUUGGGAUACUUUCCUCUCUGGUGAUUCAUUGAGUGCGUUGAUUCUUCAAGCGCAUCUGAUCACUUAACUAAACUUAGUUCCUAUAGUGUUCUGUCGCAUUUACUAGUGUUACGUAUUACGCAUAUUUUUAUUUUAUAGGCCUACCUAAACAAAGUUACCCAAACACCAGUGAGAGACCUUUUCACAAAGAUGCAGUUUGGGUGACCCAACCGAGUUUCUUCCCCAAAACAUAUCACUAUCUCAGUCCUCUAUUAACUUAUGUGUCCAUCAACAGUAAGGUGGGUUAAUGCUCUCCAUCGCUCUGUUUUCUGCACGAGGGGUAGCCUCUCCUAAUAAUACUAAUAUCCGAUUGUCUGGACUUGUUUUGCAAGCUAUGUAGGCUGCAGCAAAAGUUACCCUUGUCAAGCUUUCCCUUACUUGUCAACGUGUUUCACGGGUCAAAGCGUGCAUUAAGAAGUGACUGCAUUUGUAUUUCUAAAUUAUAAAUCCCGUCAUAUGGCAAUAGCAUGCGUUUGAGCAGAGCGUGCCUUUGUAUGGCGUGUGUUUUAGUGGAGACUACUGUACUCGUGGGAGACCCUCUCGAUAUGAGUCUACCAAUGUACCAAGUGUAUGAUUUUUUGCACUCUCUCAUGAGGGCUGGAUUUGUGUUGAAACAGAAUGUGAUACUGAUACACAUGUGAACGUUCACAGCCGUGAUGGCUUCAGUAUUUUCUGUAAAAGUAAAUCAGAUCAAUUCUGUCUUCCUUUCUAAUGAAUGUGGAUCUAGUUCAUUUUGGGAGUAUUAGGUUCAAACCAGUACCAGUCUUAAUGGGUUCCGUAAUGAGAGUUCCAGCAGGUGAGGGGUUUGACAUGUUACAAUACAAUCUACUGUUGUCUUAAUCCCCUUUUUUUUGUUACAGGUUGAGCUGAGAUCUUUUUAUGUAAUAAAAUAAAUUUGUAUGAAAA